AUGUUGCGAGUGAGUGACGAUGACGGUUCUACGAACAGCGCUAGACAUAGUAUCGAUCCAUUUCGUGCUGAAAGUGAUCCAGUGGCGACGGAGAACAUGCUGAGAACUUGUCUUUACUAUAAAGGAAUCUACUGGCCAUCAAUAACAAAUAGUUUUAAAGACGAAACAGUGGAGUUGUCGUAUCAAAGGUAUUCAAGACGACAAAGGCAGAAGUCACUCAUAAUGGUCAACGUUGUAGACUUAGCAUUGAAGAUUUGUUUAGCUCUCAUUUACACAUUAUCAAAUCGAAAUAAACUAGAAGAUGCUACUGACGCGUAUAAAAUAGCGUGGACCGCUGCCUUCUCAUUGCUCAACAUCUCAAUUUGUCUUCUUGGAGCGUGGCGAUGCUUUGCCAAUAAUUACUUGCAUUGGGCCGCUGCUGCCACCUGGAUACUACUCAUUGCUCAAGGUUUAAGCGGACAAGGCAUAGGCUUCCAAGCGCCAGAAAAUCAAGUAUGGUAUAUGCUAUUCAUUAUUUUCAUUCCUUACGCGAUGUUGCCGCUAUCUCUAGGCUGGUGCAUUGUUAUUGGUUUGCUCUCAUCGAUCUCACACGUAUUGGCUACUGCAAUGGAUGUUAAGGAUAUUAUGGAUAACAAUCCAAACGCUGCUAAAUCAUGUGCUAUGCGAUUGUUGAUUGCUAAUGCGUUGUUGUAUGGAGCGGUGAACUUCGCGGGGAUGUAUGCCAAGUAUUUGGCAGACUGGGGUCAAAGAAAAGCAUUCCUGGAGACUCGCCGAUCAAUGGUAACCAGACAACGAACCCAAAGAGAGAGUGAUCGGCAGUGGAAAUUAUUUCAGAGUGUUAUACCAGAUUUUUUAGCCAAAGAAAUAUCUAGUCAUGUAUCGAAGGUGAAAGGGGAGUUUCAGGAACAACAGUUUAACAAUUUAUAUAUACAGAGACACGAAAAUGUGUCCAUUUUGUACGCUGAUAUUAAAGGAUUUACCGAAUUAUCCAGCAAAUGCAGCGCGCAAGAACUAGUCAAGUUGCUCAAUGAAUUAUUUGCAAGAUUCGACAGGUUAGCUUCGGAGAACCAUUGUCUUCGGAUCAAGCUAUUAGGCGACUGCUACUUCUGUGUGAGUGGUUUGCCAGAGAAGCGCAGCAACCACGCCUACUGCUGCGUCAACAUGGGCCUGCAUAUGAUACGAGCCAUACGGGAUGUACGAUAUAAUGCACAGGUGGACUUAGACAUGAGAAUCGGCAUUCAUAGUGGUACUGUGUUGUGUGGCGUGUUGGGCCUUCUAAAAUGGCAGUUUGAUUUGUGGUCACAUGAUGUCACACUCGCCAACCAUAUGGAGAGCGGAGGACUGCCUGGUCGAGUCCAUAUAUCAGCAGCAACACUAGAAUGUUUGAACGGUGCGUUCGAAGUUGAAAGUGGCGACGGCCAGGCUCGUAAUCCAUAUCUAAGAGAGCUGAACAUCGAAACGUACUUAAUUAAAAGCACAGAAAGACCUCGACCAACAAGGAAUAGAUCUCGGGUACUUCCAAACCCACAUCAAACAAACGGUCAACCAACAAGAAGGACAAGUGGCAGCGUCGACGAAGAGUUGACUACUGAUUGGACACCGGAAAUGCCUUUUCAGAGUUAUUUUAACAGCAGCACGGGGAUAUUACGUCGUUGCCAAAAUAGAAACAGUGAUUUGCAAGAACUUGAUAUGGCGUCUAUGACAGAGGAAGAUGACAUAAUAAAUCACUCGAUAGAAGUGAGCAGUAACCGUAAAAUGCGGAUAGAGCACAUGCGACCAUGGUCUCUACACUUCCGGGAGGCUUCGUUGGACGAUCAGUUCGGACAAUUGGACGAGACGACAUUUAAAUCAAAUGUCAUGUGCUGUCUCGUUCUCUGGCUGUUUAUACUAUGUGUGCAGUUUAUUAUGCAUUAUAAUUGUAUUUGGGUGGUAGUGGUCCUACUGGUGAUGACUAUACCUUUGGUGAUGUCAUUUGUGCUCGUGAUGGCCGAGGAGUUCCCGAACUGCCUCCCGCGACUCACAAAGAUGUCUGCGGCACUUAGUGGAAAUCGCGUGCGCAGGAAUGUGCAUAUCUGCUGCUUCGUCACUAUUAUGUCUAUAUCCAGCACCACGAAACUCUACAUCUGCCCAGCAUCAUUUCCCACCAACAACUUCACAGCUAAUAUAACAGAUGACGAAGUCAAAGCCGGCGAAUGCUAUCGACCAGAGUACGUGGUGUUCACCUGGAUCCUGUGCCUUGUUGCUCUCACGUCCAUACUGAAGCUGUAUUACCUGAUCAAGACCUGCUUGGCGAUCAUUAAUGUUGCCAUGUACUCCGUUCUACUAUUUAUCUACUAUAACGUCUACUAUUUCGACAGCUUAAACACGAAUACGCAACUCCCAUUCUACGUCCAGAUGAUGAUCCUAAUGGUAAUGUUCCUGGUGAUCGUGGUGUACCACGCGCGAUUGGUGGAAGUAACUUCACGCCUGGACUUCCUCUGGAAGCUGCAAGCGGAGCAUGACCUCAAGGAGAUGAAGGAGACGCAAAGGAUGAACCGACACCUCUUGAAGCAUAUAUUGCCGGACCACGUCGUGAAUCAUUUCCUAAGCAAAGAUCGGUGCCCUGAUGAGUUGUACUCACAAUGGCGGGACGAAGUGGGCGUGAUGUUUGCGGGUAUUCCCAACUUCCACGAAUUCUACUCGGAGCAAAAGGCCGUGGACUGCAUGCGACUACUCAACGAGAUUAUUUUUGACUUUGAUAAACUGCUGAUGCAACCACGUUUCAAAAGCAUUGAGAAGAUAAAAACAAUUGGUGCUACUUACAUGGCUGCUUCGGGCUUAAAUCCCGAUCAUAAGAAAGGAGAUGAUGAUUGCGAACAUCUUUGUGCGUUAGUGGAUUAUGCCUUCGCUCUUCGCGAUGCGUUGGAAGAGAUCAACAAACACAGCUUCAAUAAGUUCCGCCUUCGAGUUGGUAUCAGUUGCGGGCCAUUAGUGGGCGGAGUGAUUGGUGCUCGCAAGCCCGUGUAUGACAUAUGGGGGAACACGGUGAACGAAGCCUCGCGUAUGGAGUCCACUGGAGCCAUGGAUCGCAUACAAGUCACCAAAUACACUAAACAAAUGCUAGAGCGUCGCGGGUAUGGAGUGGAGCUCCGCGGGGCCGUGGCGGUGAAGGGCAAGGGACACAUGGAAACGUGGUGGGUGAGCAGUUGCCGCGGGAGGGGCGCGGGUCCGCCCCCGCACCCACCCGCGCCCCGCUCCCUCGCGGCCCUUGUCUACACCAUGCUGCAGGCCAGGCGCAGGAUCUAUACGCACCCUUUGGAUGUGGCCACAACCAAUGACAGCAUUCUACGUCGACGCACGGCACGGUCAAGCCGCCCGACCAACUUAAGGCGCGCGCACACACGACACGAACAGAGCACCACCAACGGUCUUGACGUGGAGUUGGGAAUCCGGCCGCACUCCAGCAGCAUGGUCUCUCGAAGACCCCACAUGGCUCCUCCCGUGUUGGCCAGCCUCUCUGCCCCACACACUCCCACAGUACCCCACGACUCCCCCGAAGCCAUCCCCACCAAACUCGGUAUCGGAGCUCGUUUAAAAGCCGCCAGCUUCUCCUACAAAACCAGGCCUAGCCUUCGGUCCUCGAAGAUUGUGGAAGAUAAGGAAGGUUCCGGAAACUCCAUUUCGAAUGGGGCACCGGGCUCCUUCCGCUUCCGUUCCGUGACGACUGGCUCCUUCUUUAGAAGCAGGAAGGAGAGGAGGAGAGAAGUCAGCGAAGAGAGGGAAGUCACAACUCGAAUGUAA